AUGCGACGAAGGCUUGGACAGCACGCGCAACCGACGCUAUUCUACAAAGACAGCGUUCUCUCAGUCCCAGGCUACACUUUUGAGAAGGCGGUUCAAUGGCACGACACAGGGAGUAUGACUGAAUUGGCGGAGGGGAGUUGUCUAAAGGACAGCUCAAGCGUACUAGCCAAGAUUGCGCCAGCGCAAUCGAAUGGCUCGAUGUGCUUGGAGAGGGAAGCUCAUAUUCUGAACAGAGUCGCAGCAGACGGCUCAAGUACAGUUCUGCGCAUGAUUGAUUUCUUCAAAAUACCCAAAGAACAUGGAGAUUCUGUCGUCCUCCUUCUCGCCCAUCCUGGUCCGAACCUCUUGGGUCGCUACCUACCGCCUUCCAAAGUCAACGAUCUCCUCCUGGCCGACGCCAAUCACGGGAGACCAAGUUCAUCCAAUGGAGACAUCACUAUGCACGGCAGCUUCGAGGGAUCCGACCUGGCCGAAGAAAUGGAACCUUUCGACAUCAUGGACUUGGCUUCGUUCCUCGAUGCUUACAAACAAUGCACAAGGCUGGCGUCGUACACCGAGAAGGUCAAGCGCUCCAUCACCCUUCGCGCCUAUUCAAAACUGACGCCGUCGUCUUUAGUCCGCGCCAAUGCAUUUCACCUCAACGCUCACUCCGGCUUUGUUCGGCUCGUCCACUUUGGAAACCGUGCGAUUUCACUUGAAAGCUUUGGAUCGCCGUCGUCUUUGGUUAUUCGCGCCAAUGACGAACCUGAGAAGCUCAAGGUGAAGGAAGCGUUAUGUUAUCUCGCUCCAGAACAGACAGGCAGCAUCGAAACGAUGACUCAAGACCACAGAACGGACCUGUACUCCCUUGGAAUCUUGUUUUGGACCUUACUGGUGGGAAGAGGACAGAUGCCGUUCGAAGGGGGCCCUCUGGAAUUGCUACACGCCAUUGUCCAGAAGCGACCAAUGCCCGUUCACGAAGUCCGUCGUGAUGUACCCCAGGUGCUCGCGAACAUCAUCGACAAGUUACUCGCCAAGAAUCCCGACCAUCGCUAUCAAAGCGCACACGGACUGAAGGCGGAUUUACUGGAGUGUCAGAGGAGGUUGUUGGCCGUGGUUUCGUCCCUCUCGGGAGAGCCGCAAGAGCUGAUCCCAUUCUUCGAGAUUGCACAGGAAGACCGGUUCGUGGAAUUCACCAUCCCAAUCGCACUGUUCGGUCGGGAGAAGGAACUUGAGCAAAUCCGAAACGUUAUCCGCAACACUUCCACAAGCUUCUCUCAACAUCACGCACCCGGGAAAGGGUUCAUAACCCUCGCCUCUACAAGUUCCGGUACACAAGCGAUGGAAGCCAGCGAGUCCAACUCGUCGCGUAGUGGGUCUCCGAGCACCAGCAUGGCAGCAGAUUCCGUCAUGCAUCCGCCAGAAUCGCAUAUCGGUCACGAUCCCUCUCAGACAACAUCAGGGAGCCCCUCAAGGCAUGCAUCGGAUGGUCUCAGGAGGGCCGCGUUUCGAGGCGGGCGUAGCAAGUAUUCCCGAACGCAAGCAGUUCUAGUUGUCGGGCCUCCUGGCAUCGGCAAAAGCUCGAUUGUUCUUGCAAAUCAAGCCAAGUGGAGAGCUCACGGCCUGUGGGGACAAGCAAAGUUUCAGGGUGCAGAGUCAGCACCUUUUGCCGCGCUGUUAAGCUGUCUCUCCGCUGUCUUGCGACAGCUGAUGGUGUUCCACACAGACCUCCAACGCUUUGUUGCCGGACUUCAAGAACGUUUAGGACCUCAAAUGCAGAACGUCCCGCUUCUUUUCCAAGGGACGCCUGAGCUGAAGGACGUAUUGGCGACAUUCAACAUUGUGCUGGAAGAACCGCAAGAGCCUCUUGAUUCCACUGACCUUCGCUCCCGCUUCCAAUCGCUUGUUGAAAAGGUCUUCGCAGUCAUUGCCGAAACGCGAUUGUUUGCAUUGUUUCUGGACGACUUGCAUGAGGCAGAUGAUUCGACUCUUGACCUUGUUUCGACCUUGCUGAACUCUCGCAGCAGGAUGUUGAUCUUUGCGACGUUGCGCUCAGACAAGCCGGGAUUCGUCGAUCGUGUCAAGUCCAUGUUUUCUCAUAAAGCACGACCAACUUGGAUUGAUGUGGAACCCCUAUCAUACGCCGCGAUACUCUCAUUGAUAUCCAAAACCUUGCACAGGACGAAGGAAGACUGCACGCCGCUGACUCAAUUCGUUUUCAAGGCUUCGUCUGGGAACGUCUUCUCGGCCAGGAACAUUUUGCAUACUCUCCAUCGACAAAACCAUAUACAAUUCAACUGGGAUAAGAACCAUUGGAUCUACGACAUGGCCGCAAUCGAGGGGAGCUUUGUCGACCAGCAAAUAUCCGACCCUGCCGACCUUUCAUUCCUGGUUGAUUACAUGCGAAAUUUGCCCGAAGAGGCCCGGAAGUAUCUUACAUGGGCUGCUUUCUUCGGCGAAACUUUCAAAGUUACUGAAGUGGCAUUGAUGAUGGACUGGGAGGAUUCCAGUAAUGGAAGCAGCAGUGAGGAAGAGGCAGAUGACAAAUGGAACGUCCACAAAGCCGUCACAAACUUCCGAGAGAAGAGUUCUGACAGGACUCGUGGAUCAAUGCGCGGCCUGCAGUUGGCCCUGGCGGAAGGGUGGCUUAUACAACGCGCCAGGGAGAUGUGUAGCUUCGCCCAUGAUCGAUUCCGUCAAGCAGCACAGGCUGAAGCUGCUGCAUUGCCGCCCGAUAUAAUUGCUAAGAUGUCAUUCCGCAUCGUCCUGAUGAUGCUUCAUGAGCACCCCGUUGAUGUCUAUCGCGUCGCUGAACAUGCCAAGAAGUGUUUAUCCCUCCUCCAUGAACAUCCUAAGAAAGAAGAAUUGCUGAACGUCCUCAUCGACGCUGGAGAGUCGGCGUGGGCUAGAGGUGCUCACGAGCUUGCGACUCGCUCUUUCCUCAAUGCCCGAACUCUCUUAACUGAGGACCCAUGGGCUCAACAUCCCUCACGCACACUCGUCCUGUACUCACGACUCGCAGCGCUCCAUACCUGGAAAGGGGAACUAAACGAGUCGGAUGCGCUCCUCAAAGAAUGUUUUGCCCGUGCAGAUCAUCCGGAAGACAAGAGCAACAUUCUCCGGCUCAAGUCCCGCAAUCAAUGGUUGCGCGGCAACUUCACAGAGGCGUUCAAUUUCACCAUCACGGCUCUCAGCAUCCUCGGCAUUGAGAUCUGCCAUUCUCCAUCACGGAAACAAGCGGAUGUCAUGUUCGACCAAAUCAAGAACGAGAUACUGGCUGUUGGAUUUGAUGAGAUUCUCGCUAUCCCACGGACGACGGAUAGGAAGACUGAGCUUGCGGUAACGCUGUUAAACGAUGCUGGCAUCAACGCUUACUGGAGUCCAUCUCCUUCCAUCUUCUUGGACGUCAUUGGUCUAACUACUAUUCAACUCGCCUUACGGUCUGGGAUGGCUCCUGGCACGGCGCUUGGCUUUUUCUGGGCUCUGGGAGCUGCAGCGGAACGGAGAGAACUGUACCGUUUUUCCGCUGACCUUGCGAAGCUAGCGCUCAGAAUUGCGGAUAAAUAUGGUAACUCUGCAGAGAAAUGCCGCGCGCAGGUGCUAUAUUGCAGCAUGGUUUCUGGAUUCGACAAUGUUCACAUGCGGUCGAGUAUUCCUCGUCUGGAGGAAGCACUGAAGUAUGGCUAUUCAGCCGGUGACAGCAUUUACACCAGCUUCGCCAGUAUUCACAUCAUCACCACCAAAUUGUAUCUUUGCGAACACUUGGGAGAAUUGCUAGGUGCAGCAGAAGAGUGUGUUAACGACGUCACGCUGCUGACACCGGGAGGAGAACCCGUGAUUCUUGCUACCGGCAUUCUCAAUUGCAUUCGAGUCCUCGCCGGACAAACCGCCAACCAACCUCCUAUAUCGGUUGAUACAUUGUUCGACACAGACAGCUUCGUCGAAAGCAAUUACGUCCAGACGAUCCUUAAAACAUCGGGCAACGUAUCUCUAGCCCUGAAUUGGUACAAUUCGUUCAAGGUCGUUAGCCUUUUUUGUGUAGGCUUCUACGACGAAGCGGCAUCUCUUGGCUUUUCCGUCUACGAGAGCCGCUCUGUACAUCCCAAUCACCGCCACGUUCGCUAUGCGCUUUUCUUCCACAACCUCUCCAUGAUUGCAUGCAUUCGAAUGGGAAGGUUGACGAAUGAGACCAGAGCAAAGUAUUUCUCGCAGAUCAAACUGAACCAGAUCUACAUUCGCAAAUGGUUGUCCUCUAGCCCUGUCAAUACCAGUGCCUGGGUUGCCAUUGUGGAUGCCGAAAUGGCGGCCCUUCUAGGUGAUUCCAACGCUUUGCGUCUCUAUGACGUGGCCGUCAGACUGGCCGGCGAGAAUGACUGGUUAAUGGAAGAAGGAUGGGCAUUAUUUCUGCAAGGAUCUCAUUUCGUUCGAUGUGGAGUGGAAAGUUUAGGCACAGAAUUACAACGUAGGGGCAUUGCUAGGCAUGCACAAUGGGGGGCCAACGGGAUUGUGUCGCACCUGACGUCUCUUAUCGGAUCCCGAGCACGCCCUCCCCCCAGACGCCAAGCAUUCACUGCAGACGUCGCUACCCAAACCGAAGCUCUUGCUGUCGAUCCAUCAUCACAGAUGCAGGUCCAUAGCGCAACCAUCGACCUUCACGAGGAUCACGACACUGUACUGAGUGCCUCUGAUCUUGCCUCUAUCCUGAAAUGGAGCAAGGACAUUUCCAGCGAUAUCAACCUAUCGUCAGCGCUUCGACGUCUCACAGAGAUCGCGACUGGUAUGCCUUCAUUAUGUCGAGAUGGGGAUCUUAUUCCGAAUGUCUAUCAGAAACAUCCGGGUCACACAGGACUUGCGGUAGGCGUUUACGUCGUUUGGCCGUCGGUACUCGUUUAUGUACCUGUCUUUUUUUUCCAAGUCGUUAUCGCUCGAGAAGCCGGGGAUUACAUCGUCGCCACUAGCAUGUCGCAGCCCGAUCCGUGUCAAGUCCACGAGAACCCCAAAUCCAUACGCACCAUAGAUGAUCCACUGCAGAAGGCGAUCAUCCAACACACGUUGAACUCGAAGGAAAGGGUGUAUUACCAUGACGCUUCCUUGGAUUCUAGGUUCUCUUCGGAAGCUGCUCAAUCUAUACAUCGCUCGGUCAUUUGCAUCCCCAUCUUCAGCAACCGGGGUCAAACCUUUGGCGUCGUUUAUCUUUCCUCCAGAUACCCUUUUUCGCAGAAUACUCUCACAGUCUUGACGCUCCUUUGCCAACAAGCCAGUAUCAGCAUUUCGAACGCCCUUCUGUUCCGCUCAGUCCAAGCCGGCACAAGGGAGAAUUUGAAGAUGAUCGCAGCUCAACGUGAUGCUCUAGAGACAGCCAGGAAAAGUCGGGAGGAUGCGCUGAAGGCUACCAAGAUUAAGAGCAAUUUCUUGGCGUCGAUGAGCCACGAGCUCAGAACCCCUUUUAGUUCCUUCUAUGGACUGCUGGAUUUGUUAAGCGGAACAGAGCUGAACCCCGGGCAAAGUGAAAUCGUCCAAACGGCAAAGCAGUCGUGUGAAUUGCUGCUCAAGAUCAUUGAUUCUAUUCUGGAUUACAGCAAACUGGAAGCUUCAGCCGUCAAACUCGAGCCGAGCGGCUUUUUAGUUGAGAAUAUUAUCGCGGAUUGCAUGGAGCUGCUGUUACCGAUGGCUGCCAAGAAAUUGGACCUGUCUUUUAACAUCGAACCCGACGUGCCAUCUUGGGUUUUCGCGGACUACGCCCGCAUACGUCAAGUUUUGAUGAAUUUGAUUGGCAAUGCCGUCAAGUUCACUGCACAAGGAUACGUCCGAGUGACCUGCUCUGUCGAUAACUCCACAAAGGUCGUCCCAGGUGAAGUGAAUCUGAAGUUCGAGAUCCAGGACACGGGCAUCGGCUUGUCUGCAAGUGACGUUGAUCAUCUCUUCAUGCCGUUUCAACAAGCCGACAACUCAUCGACUCGUCGAUUUGGAGGCACCGGCCUGGGAUUAUCUAUCUCACGACAGUUGGUCAAACUCAUGGGUGGCGCUAUUGGUGUUCAAUCAGAUUUAAAUUCGGGAUCAACGUUCUGGUUCACCAUUCCCGUCAAGCUGUUCCAGUCACCCGAGUCGCAACAAUCCGCUGCCGACAUUGAACGACUGAAGGCUGUAUUGGCAACCCCCACCCCCCUUCGCAUCCUUGUGUGCUCUGGGUCGGAUACGACAAGAUCUUUCCUCUCCAAUCUACUCGAAGGAUUCGAUGUUCAUUCUUCUUCUUCUGUGGAAGAGUCGCACGAGUUUCUCCGCUCUCUUCCACCUGAAGACAAGUCCCUCGACUUUGUCAUUCUCGACGACCAAUCCGAGACCAAUGCCGACGAAAUGGCUCGCUUCAUAAAGUCCCUUUCGUCACGUCCGCUCAACGAUACCCGAGUCAUUCAUCUCUACACUCCCACGACUAGCCGGACUGGACAAGACGUGUUUGGGAAUAGCAGUGUCCUCGGUGUGGUCAAAAUGACCAAACCGCCGCGGAAAGCGCGCUUGCUGCAAACCCUCGCUGGUUUGAAAGACAUUCCGAAUACCAUCUCGACUAACCCCACAAGUGAGGUUGCCAAGGCUAUGGAGGAGCAGGCAGCUGCUAGAUGUACUCUAUAUGGAAACGUUCUCAUUGCCGAAGACAACCCUAUCGCCCAGAACCUACUGGUGAAGCAGCUGGAAAGGUAUCAGCUGACUGUGACGGCCACGAGCAACGGAGAAGAAGCAAUUGCAGCUUGGGAAUCACACCCGCCAGGCUACUUCAGUGUCGCUUUGUUCGAUCAUCACAUGCCUAUCUGCGACGGGGUAGAAGCUGCCAAGAGGCUGAGGCUGCUGGAAAGGAAGCGGAAGAUCCCAAUUCAAUUGCCGAUCGCUGCGCUCAGUGCCGACUGCCAAGAGUCGACGAAGAAUCUUUGCCUGAGUGCGGGUAUGAACACGUUCUUCAGCAAGCCGCUGAAAAAGAACGACCUCCUCUCACUCCUCUCCAUGUUCGGAACGCCAACCCCUCAAGGCACCUAG